AUGGUUCGUAUUCACGUCACACCCCUAGCCUCUCCGUCCAGCAGCAAAUAUCGCAAAGAAACAUUUGUAAUAGAAAUACCAGUGCGAAAGAAGAUUAGAGCACACACGAAAGUUCUAGCUCAACACAAGUCCGUCGUGAUCGAUGGCCAAAAAUUUACCGCCUCUCCCAUCCUCGACGUCCUUUUUGAAUUCAUGGCCGAACGCCAUCGUAUUUUCAAGCGUCGGCUGGCACACGAGGAUGCUCCCUGGACGGACGAUCGGAUACUUGCGGUGUAUCCCUUCACGAAUGUUUACCGCAUUUACGAUCGGGUCACGCAAUACGUUCUGCGACAUGUCAUACGCGAGGGAGAGCAAGAUCUGCACGAAGCCUGCUUCCGCGUCAUGUUAUUCCGCUCCUUCAACAAAGUCGAGACAUGGAAUCUUCUCAGGACUCAUUUCGGCAAAUUGACAUGGCGCGAAUUCGACGUUGGAGCGUACGAGAAGGUGCUCUGUUCUGCAGAGCAGGCCAUUUACGGGCACGCAUACAUCAUCCCCGCUCCAAAACUCGGGGUAACAUCUAAUGCGGGAAACCACUUGCGCCUCAUUCAGUUGAUGAUGGAACAGAACGUUCCAGGUCAACUGAGGCGGUUUCGUCACCUGAAAGAUGCGCACGGCUGGUUAAGCAUUUUCCCCAGCAUGGGUGACUUCACGAGUCUACAGUAUGUCUCUCUCCAACAGUGUAUCUGCAUCGUUAUAACCUCCACUGAUCCCUCCAAUCCCUCUCGCAGACUUUUGCUUGAUUUAAACAUGCUUCCUUUCUUCAAUUUCAGCGAGAAUGAAUGGAUAGCACUUGGGCCUGGAUCCCUCGAGUGUAUCCGUAAGAUUUUCGGGCCGUCCAUAAGGGGCCGCGAGUAUUCUGCAUUCAGAUACAUUCAUUCCAUUCAGCACGAGCAAUUCGCGCGCUUGGGGAUCCUUGCCAACCUGGUCCCCCGACUGUGUAAAAAUUCCCAAAGUGGAGUGACUAUGGUCGACCUGGAACAUUCGCUCUGCGAAUGUGAAAAGUACAGCAGGGCCCGCUUUCCCGAAAUUACUGGGCGAAGGAAGAACGUCGCAAAAUGCAUUUGGCGGCCGUCGAAGAAGGGUGUCACUGCCGAUCUUCCGGAGCACUGGGCACAGUCAAGAAUAGCGAACGCUUCGGUGCAUCUCACGAAACCUCCUCCAGUAAAUGACGCGGCUGAGUAUGAAGUAUCACAUAUUGUGGCCGAGAAGUCUGGUCACCAAGGCCGGCCGCAGUACCUGGUUCGCUGGGUUGGGUACAGUCCUGAAGACGAUACUUGGCAACGAGAAGCAGACUUAGUCGACGGAGCCGCCUGUGUACUGAAGACUUGGAAGGAUAUGAAGGAUCGAAUCUGGUCCGCCGUGUCGGAGUAUCAAAAGAUGGGCAGUAAAACUCGUAGGAAUGGUGCCAUUCUCGGAGUCGAGGAGAAGAAAUUUCCAUGGUAA